AUACUCGCUGUGAACCACAAGCAUUCAAUUGAGAGAGAGAGAGAGAGAGAGAGAGAGAGAAUGGCGGAGGGGCACAAUGAACCAGAGAUCAAUGAAAUUCAACGACAGCUUUUGCAUUUCCAAAGACGUUUGGAUAGCAAUAUAAAGAUCAAUGAACAGGAACGAGAGUCAUUCGAAGAACUGUUGCAUACCAAUCCAGAGCUUUUCAAAGCUCUAGAUCCACAACAACAAUCCCUCCUUCACUUGGCAUCGGCUAAUGGACACAUUGAGAUUGUUAGAAUAUUGACAGAGGAGAGACCAGAGAUGUGUCUAGCUUGUGACCGAGAUGGUGCAAACCCUCUUCAUGUUGCAGCUACGAAAGGAAAGGUCGAGGUCUUGGAGCAGUUGCUUCAAGCUAACCCGCGUGCAGCUCGAGCUAGGGUGAACAAAAAUGAAAAAGAGACUAUCUUGCACUUAUGCGUCAAACAUAACAAGCUACAGUUGUCUAGAUGUAUUGUUGGAGAAAUACUUAAGAGAUGAGGAGUUUGUCAAUGCCAAAGAUAAUACUGGCAACACUAUACUACACCUUGCUGUGUUGGAUCGAAGAUACAAGAUUAUCGACUAUGUUCUCAUGAACACGGAAGUUGAUGUAAAUGCAGUUAAUGCAAGCAAACAAACAGCGAUGGACAUUCUGCUUCUUGGAAAAGAAAAAGGAACGCGACUAAAAGGGUUAGACGGACGCAUUCAAGGCUUACUUGAAAUCUGGGAUGCUAAAACAGCACGUGAGGCUGAUAUCCUCAAUCCUACGGAAAUAGCAGAGAAAAGGAAUGGAAUUAUAAUUGCCGCUGUACUAAUGGCAACCCUAGCCUUUCAAGCAGGGUUGGCCCCUCCGGGAGGUGUUUGGCAAGACGAUUCAGAUGAACACAAAAGUGGAAAAGCCGUGAUGGGUUCUAACCACCCGAUCCUGUACUCUUUCUUCCUCUGUUAUAACAUACUCGGCUUUAUCUCAUCUCUAGGCACACUCGUUUUGAUGAUGACCGACUUACCCUUCAAGCCAGGAAGAUAUACGUGGUGGACGUUUAUGACUAUGAGCACAACAAUCACAUCCAUUGCAAUUACGUAUUCAAUUUCUCUUGUGGUGGUCUCACCGCCACUGAAACGGGAGCCGAUAACAAAGAUUGUCCUUGCGCCAGCAGCUUCUGUUAUACUCUUGUUGUUAUUGAUAGCAAUAAUUGCAGGCAACAUAAAGAGAGUAAAGAGGGCCGUGGUAAACAGACGUAGGCUUGCUCGUUACAGUGGAUUUUAUUUUAGCGAGGAUGAUGAGCCAUGAGCAAUUUAAUAAUCAUUCUGGUGUUUAAUUUAGAAUUGUUGUCUUUAUUAAAUGUUAAGGUUUGCAAGUUAUUGUAAUAAAAUUGGAUUGUUAUUUGUGAGUAAUACUUCUCGUCUUUUCCUC